AUGUGUGUGUGUGUGUGAGCGAGAGAGAGGGAGAGAGAGAGAGAGAGAGAGAGAGAGAAAGAGAGAGAGAGAGAGUGACGCGGUGUAGACCCGCGCAGCCCCAGACGAAGAGAAUGCGCUGUGUGUGACAGCAGCAGCAGCAGCAGCAUUGCUGGCGUGUGGAGCGCGUGUAUGUGUAUGUGUGGACGAGGGGAGAAAAAAAAGAAGAGAAGAGAAGCGAAAAAGAGGGAGCGAGAGAAAGAGAGAGAGAGCGAGUGAGAGACAGAAGGAGAGUCCUGAAGAAUGAGCCACUCAGCACGGAGGACUCGUCUGCAGACAAACACCCGUGUCUGAACACACAGACACACACACACACAUCCACACAUACACACACACACACACGCACACACACACCGGGACUCUCUCUCUCACACACACACAGACGCAUGCAGACGCUUUUGUAUGCGCUCAGACUCUCUCGCCACGCGCCCGAUGAAGGAUGUGAGAGGCUGGCACACACAGAAGUGCCUUCCCUCCCCUGACGUGGCUGCUCCUGCUGCUGUUGCCGCUGCUUGGACCAGCUUGACGUAAAGUGGCCUCCUCCACCUCCUCCUGAAACACCAACCUCCUACUCUCCUCCUGCCUCGCCUGGCCUCGCUUCUUUCAUUUCAUUUCUCUCGUUUUGGUUUGUCUUUUUCCCUCCUCUGCUCUCUGCCCGCCCGCUGGCCAACGCUGAAAAAGCUCGGCACGAGGACACAAGCCUUCAACCGCCAGCCUUCCGUUGCCAAAGCCCUGACCGCCACUAGCAACGCCCUUUGACCUCACCACCAACCACCCAACCACCCAACCAACCAACCAACCGCUCUCCUCCUCCAGCCACCCUCCCACGCGGCACAGCUUGGCUCGAGCCACCGGUGCCAUCCUUCAUACCGCUUCUGGUUUGAUAGAGGAACACGGCCUUGAGCCACGAGGGAAGACAAAGAAAGACAGAGACAGAGAGAGAGAGAGAGAACAAGAGAAAGAAAGAGAGAGAAAGAAAGAGACAACACAGCAUUGUGGGUGAGAGGGGAUUGCUGCCUUGCCUGCUGCUUCCCUGCCGCCGCCCCUCCCUCCCUGCUCGGACGAAUCAAUAAUGACUUUCAACAUCAGUCAGCUCUGACAGUUCAACUGAGGAGAGAGCGAUCCAGAGAGAGACAGAAACAGAGACAGGCAGAUAGAAAGCGAGACAGACAAAGCGCAACAGAGGCAACGAGAGAGUGUGUUUUAAAAUUUGAAAAACACAAAGGAGGAGAGGAAUAAAGUAAGAAAGAGUGGAAGCUUGGCUCCUCUAUCCAGGGGGGUACUGGACCAGGCCACAGCGUAAGGGGAUAAGGCUCAGCAUCAAGCCCAGGAUGGGUCACUGAUCUUGGGCAGCCGAUUAGGCCAAGGAAGCCUCACUCACUCACUGCGCAAGGAUCAGGAAAAGAAAAGUCAAAGACUGGUCUCAAAUUUCUGAUUUGAACUCAAGAUAACUCAAGAAGACAGCAAAAACAAACAUUUUAGUGCCAUUACAACCGCUCACAAAACUCUGGUCUACACACACACAAACACACAGACAUUCUUGCUGAGACGUCACCUUUUGCCUGGAUUCCGUUAGUGUCUCUUAGAAGCACUUACUCACCUCACCUAACUUGACCCUUCACCAAGUCCGCCUGUCGACUCACCUUCUUCUAACACACAAACACAAAACACAAACACAAAAAAAUCCAAGAUGGCGGUGAAUGUGACGCCCAUCCGCGACACCAAGUGGCUGACGCUGGAGGUGUGCCGCGAGUUCCAGAGAGGCACCUGCUCGCGGCCCGACAGCGAGUGCAAGUUCGCCCACCCGGCCAAGAGCUGCCAGGUGGAGAACGGACGCGUCAUCGCCUGCUUCGACUCCCUCAAAGGCCGCUGCUCCAGAGAGAACUGCAAGUACCUGCACCCCCCGCCGCACCUGAAGACACAGCUGGAGAUCAACGGCCGCAACAACCUGAUCCAGCAGAAGAACAUGGCCAUGCUGGCCCAGCAGAUGCAGCUGGCCAACGCCAUGAUGCCAGGCACGCAGUUGCAGCCCGUGAUGCAGCUGGCCAACGCCAUGAUGCCCGGCUCCCAGCUGCAGUCCGUGCCCAUGUUCUCUGUGACACCCAGCCUGGCCACCAAUGCCACGGCCGCUGCCGCCGCUGCAUUUAACCCGUACCUGGGCCCCGUGUCCCCUGGCCUGGUGCCCACGGAGAUCCUGCCCAGCGCGCCCGUCCUGGUGACUAGCAAUCCCAACGUCCCCGUGCCAGCUGCCGCCGCCGCUGCCGCCGCCCAGAAGCUCAUGAGAACAGACCGGCUGGAGGUAUGUCGAGAGUACCAGCGGGGCAACUGCACGCGGGGCGAGAUCGACUGCCGCUUCGCGCACCCGUCCGACAGCACCAUGAUCGACACCAACGACAACACCGUCACCGUCUGCAUGGACUACAUCAAGGGCCGCUGCACCCGCGACAAGUGCAAGUACUUCCACCCGCCGCCCCACCUGCAGGCCAAGAUCAAGGCCGCCCAGCACCAGGUCAACCAGGCUGCGGCCGCCGCCGCUAUGGGACUCCCGCCCGUCUUGCCUCCAUUACCAAAGAGACCCGCACUUGAAAAAACCAACGGUGCCACUGCCAUGUUCAACGCUGGCAUGUUCCAGUACCAACAGGCUCUCGCCAACAUGCAGUUCCAGCAGCAGGCCGCCUUCAUACCGUCAGGCUCAAUAUUGUGCAUGACACCUGCAACAAGUGUUGGCUUUCAUGAGGGAUAUGCGCUAGCUCAACGGAUGGACUUGGACUUUGGACUACCCGGAAGACGGGGAUGUCAACAAUCCGUUCCCAUGAUGCACGGUGCUUCGCCCGCCACUGUGUCUGCAGCCACCACAUCUGCCACAAGUGUACCCUUCGCCACCGCCACAGCCAAUCAGGAACUGCCAGUAUCAAAGUCGACAGGCCAUGAGUAUAUGCAUUUGAUCCCGAUAAUAUCCGCUGAACAUCUGACUAGCCACAAGUAUGUGACUCAGAUGUAGCUAAACCCACCAUCACCAUCCCAAGCAAUCAUGUUGGAUUGAGCUGGUGUGCCAUCCCCACCAUGAAUGCAUAGUAAUGUAUGAGAGAUUUAGAAGAAGAAGAAAAAGAAGAAGGAGAAGAAGAUAACGUAUAGGCAGAUGCAAAAACAAGAGAAAGAAUAAGAAUUGAAAGUGAACACCAUCUUUUCCCUAGAAUGACGUUGUGCAUGCCACAAUCCUUCGAUUGGACAAGGAAUUCCCUCCCCACCUUAAACUCUCUCUUGGAUUCACUGCUGCACCCGAACAUUGCAGAACAUCACAGAACAUCACAGAUCGCCUUCUUUUCUUUUGUUUUUCCCCCUCACUUUUUCGGAGGCGACACCCAACUUAACUCUCCUGAGGAAUGCACACAACAAAGGCGUCACUGUCUUACCUACUCCGAGAUUUUUGUUUUUAUUCUUUACCUUUUUUUCUCUUUCAGAACAUCAGUAGACUCUUUAACUGAUUUCUUAGUAUGUGUGAAUGUGUGUGGGCGGGUAGUGUGUAUUUCUCUUCUUUUUGUAGUUUACACAAAAAAGGUGCACCUUGUAAUAACACAGAGGAAAAACUGAGAUGAGCAAGAGAAAAUAGUAGAAAAAUGUCAUAUAGAAACAAACAAAAAAACAGAUCAGAGGUAAAUGUGCAUGCAUACAGUAUACUUGCUAAGUGGAUUUGAUUUUCUUUCCCUUAAAGACCUCGAUUGUACCUAUACGGCAAUGGGCUUUUGGG